CAUUUGCGAAGAUGAAAACACAUUGACGUGUUGUUGUUGACAGCACAAUAUUCGAAGGUUUCGUUUGAGGAUAUGUCAUCUUUGGGGACCGGCUUAUUGCUCGGUAGGCUUGCUCUUGUCACUGGUGGUGGCAGUGGUAUUGGACGGGCGACAUCUUUGGCUCUGGCAAGAGAGGGUGCUAAAGUUGCUGUUGCAGAUAUACACUUUGCUAAUGCAGAGCAGACUGUACGAGAUCUAGGUCAGAUUAAUGACAAAUAUGCACCAUUCCAAGUAGAUGUUUCCCAAGAAGGAGAUGUGCGAAAACUCUUUGACAGUAUCGUGUCUCGCUUCUCCGUGGCUCCCAGUAUCGUUGUCAACUCUGCAGGGAUCACCCGUGACAACAUGCUGCUACAGAUGGAAGUCUCCGACUUUGACAGAGUGAUCGCCGUCAACUUAAAAGGAACGUGGCUCGUCUGCCAGGCAGCUGCACGACUAAUGAUUGACAACAACGCUAGCAACUGCUCCAUCAUCAACAUCUCCAGUAUUGUAGGCAAGGUCGGUAACAUCGGCCAGACCAACUACUGUGCGUCGAAGGCGGGCGUCUUGGGCCUCACGAAGAGCUUGGCCCUCGAACUGGUCAAGCAGAAGAUACGCUGUAAUGUGAUACAACCUGGGUUCACUCAGUCACCGAUGACAGGGAAGCUUCCAGAACGGUUCAAGGAUAAAAUGUUGCAGAUGGUGCCUAUGAGGCGCAUGGGUACUGCAGAAGAAGUGGCAGAGGUGGCAAUCUUCCUUGCAUCAGACAGGUCAAGCUACAUGACUGGGGCUACUGUAGAGGUUACUGGAGGGCUGGCACUGUGAUGCAUGUAUUUCCAACAGCAGAGCUAUAGAGAUAUGCCUAAUGAUUUCCAACUGUAAAUCGUGCCUCUACAUUUCAAUUAACACACCAGUAUUAAUCAUCAAUUAGUAUAGAGCCAAUGGAAAUGGGUACCAGGUUGUAUGCUACAGAAGAUUCUUAAUGAGAACACUGGUGUGUAUAUAAAUUCCAAAAUUAUUUGUACAAUUUACCAUA